AUGGGCUUUGAUAUCAAAAGAUUUCAAGGUGACGUAGAUGAGGAACUCAUUUGCCCUAUUUGUUCAGGAGUAUUAGAAGAUCCGUUGCAGGCGCCAGCGUGUGAACACGCUUUUUGCCGUGCGUGUAUUACUGAAUGGAUAAGUCGGCAGCCUACCUGUCCCGUUGAUCGACAGGCAGUAACCUCAAGCCAACUUAGACCAGUUCCAAGAAUACUACGCAACUUACUAUCCAGAUUAUGUACAAGUUGUGACAAUGCACCACAUGGUUGCAAUGCAGUCUUGAAACUGGAUUCAUUAGCAUCUCACCUUGUUGAAUGUGAAUACAACCCUAAAAGGUUAAUGCCAUGUGAAGCAGGCUGUGGUCUUGUGAUACCUAAAGAUGAACUAGCAGAACAUAAUUGUGUUCGUGAACUGCGUGCAUUGAUUGCCACACAACAAGGCAAACUUACCGACUAUCAACAGGAGUUGACUGAACAGAGACUUAUAAUAAAUGAACAUAAAAGAGAACUAGCACUGCUCAAGGAAUUUAUGCGAGCAAUGCGGGUCUCUAAUCCGACAAUGCGCGCUCUUGCUGACCAAAUGGAACGCGAGGAAGUCGUGCGUUGGGCCAACUCACUCUCGCGUGCGCGCGUGACGCGAUGGGGUGGUAUGAUAUCGACCCCCGAUGACGUCCUGCAGAUGAUGAUUAAAAGGAGUUUAUCAGAAUCUGGUUGUCCACCACACAUCAUUGAUGAUCUCAUGGAGAACUGUCACGAAAGAAGGUGGCCACCUGGGCUCUCAUCUUUAGAAACCAGGCAAAACAACAGAAGGCUAUAUGAAAAAUAUGUCUGCAAAAGAGUACCGGGGAAGCAAGCAGUUUUGGUUCUACAGUGCGAUAACACGCAUGUUGACGAACAUAUGAUGGUCGAACCUGGCCUUGUGAUGAUAUUUGCCCAUGGCAUUGAAUGA